AGGAAGGGUGAACCGGCGCGCAUAGAAGGCAGGAGGGCGAGGAGACGGCAAUCUCCGGUGGCGGGACAGAUGGGAGCGCGAGACGGGCGCCUUUCCUUCGAGGGGUUUUGUGUACGCGGGCGAGCAAGCGAACGAACGAGCGAGCGGUGAGCCCGGAUACUUUCGAUUUCGUCGAGCGGCGGGCCCGUUGACUCUCGCCCGUCGACGCGAGUGAGAGAAAGAGACCGCGCCGUGGCUUCGUGCUCCAGGAGGCGAACGAACAUGCCAGUCAUCGCGCGGUAAAGCAACGCGUGCAUUCAUCGGCCGCGUCGCGGUGUCCAUCGAGAUAUCGUGCCGUGCCGUGCGCGAGAGGCCGCCGUCGCCGCCUCCUCGUUCACGUCGAGAACGCGAAACGUUUCGUGCGGUCGCGGCAGGUGGACGCGCGUGCCGCGUUCUUGUGAAACUUCCGAUGAGAGAGUGCGACGGUAUGGAGAAGCGAUCGAUUUUCGCGUAGUCGCCGAAGCGUCGGCUCUACAUGGCGAUCGAGGAGCGCGACGACAGGCAACACCGGUAGUGGAGAGACCGAAGGGGAGCGAGCGAGCGAGCGGGGACCUUGCGUAGAGAACGCGCCGGAACGUGCUUGUCCCGUCGCCGCGUCUCCGUUUCUCUUCUCUCUCUCUCUCUCUCUCUCUCUCUCUCUUUCUCUCUUUCUUUCCCUCCCGAGCGGACCUGAUCGUGAGUGCGCGCGCGUGCUCGACCGUAUGCUCGGCGUGUCAGCAGUCAUCGAUUUUCCGGCGAUCGUGUUGCCGCCGGCAGAAGAUCGCGCCAACGGGAGUGAUGAAGUGAGAGGUAGCCGCGGUGCGCGCGUCCGGAGUAACGCGUGAGGACAGAAGUCGACGUAUGUGCGUACGUACGCACGCACGCACGUCGCCGUCGUCGCCGUUGUCUCGUGUGUCGCCAGGAAGCUCCGAGGGACGAUAGGCGGAAAAAGAGAGAAAGAGAGAGAGCUGUCGUGAGAGCGCGCGUCCAACAUGGCUACCGCCGGCAGCAACGCGCCGACAAACGCCGGCAUCGAGACGAACGGCGGCAGCAACGUGCCGCAGUGGAAGCGCGACCUGAUACAACGCCGUCGUCAGCAGAGCAAGGUCCUCGCGAAUAACGGCGCGAGCGUGAAGCUAUGCAGCGCGGUGAUCGGAACAUCGUCAUCGUCGGCGACGGACGGCGGCGUCGAGCAUCACGCGACAGCGCUGCAGGAGUAUUGCCCGGUCGCCGGCACGCUUCGCGCUGUGCGCUCGACGACGAUGACGACGACGACGACGACGACGACGACGACGACGACGACGACGACGACGACGAACAACGAGUGUAACAACGUGUCGAACGUUUGCAUAGCUGCUGGUAGCAGUAGUAACAGCAGCGGUAACGCGCUGUUGUCCUCCUCCCCCUCCUCGUAUCCCGCGAGAAGGCCGCCGCCGACUGGUGGCGCCAUCACGGUCGCGGUAGCGACGGCAACGGCCGGCGACUUGGCGUCGGCAGUCGCGUACAACAUGCGUCUCGAGGCGGACUUGUCGCUCUGCUCGGACGCGGAGGAUGUUGUGAACGGCGCGCCGGCCAAGUUCGCGGCAGACACGUCGGAACGCAAAUCGUCGGAGUACGACCCGGUGGGUGAGAACGAGGAGGCGACGGCCACCACGAGGACGUCGGACGGCGGUAGAGUGAGAACGAGCGGCGGCGGCGGCGGCGGCGGCGAGGCCAUCAACGCCAGCGAGAACGCGUCGACGUCGCAGCGCGACGAAAUUCGCACCACGCUCCUCGUCGUCGGACGUGGCAGCGGCGGCGGCGGCGGCGGCAGAGACACUCACGGCGAAACGACGCUCGGCGGCAGAACGAUGAAGGAACAGUCGCGGGCUGUCGCGAUGACGGCGAAUCGCUCGUCCAACGAAGACGCGGAGAGCGACAGUUCCGAGGAGUUGCAGUACGGCCCGGGGAUCGUCAAUAAGCUCAAGAGCAAGUACCUUAACCUCACUUUGCGCGAGACGAACAAGAGCCGCGCGUCGGUGCAGCGGUUUCGACGCGCGGCCAGCCUCGAGGACCUGCUCGACCGCGACGACGACGAGACAGCCGGCCACGAGAAGACGGCCGCCACGAGGAAGUAUGCGAAGCGGGACGGUCCGACGGGCGGCGCCGUCGUCGUCGCGGUGCCUAAGAGCGACAGGUAUCGAAACGCUUCUCGCGGCAACGACUCAAUGAAACGGGCGCGCAGCGUUGAGACUCUGAUGAGGUACAACGGCGCGCCGACGGACGAGACGACGAGUGCGGUGCGCGCGGCAUCGGCCGGCCGUCCGGCGACCAACGGCGUUGGUCGCCAGGAACCGGUCAACGACCAUAUCAUCCUCGUGGACCGCACGUCCGUGAAGAUCGAGAGCCGGCUGGGCGACCUCGAUCGACCCAAGCCGGUCAACAAGCCGAAGAGGAUCAAGCCGGUGUUGGCGGAGACGGAACGGCCGCCGCCGGAUCUAGUCAAGACCACGAUGAGGAUCUUCGAAGGCUCGGCGAGGAAGCUGAAACCCAAGGGUGAGGUGGCCGCGAAGGUCGCGACUUUCAAGACCAUCAACGACACGUUCAAGGCGCAGACGACGCAGAAGAAGCUGGUGAUGCCGAAACCGCCGGUGCAGCCGAAGCCGUUCGUCAACGGCAGCGCUCGCGGCGCCGCCGCCGCCGGGACCAACGUCCUCCUCGGCUCCCCGAAGAGGAUCGUCCUGCCGCACAAGCCGACGGCGGAGCUGAUCGAGACGCAGGAUGGCGAAGUGGAGUACCACAUAGACGGUGUCAUCACCGAACCAAUCGUGCAGUCGGUGUCGUCAGUGGUCAGCAAGUUCCAGCAGAUCGAAAAGUCGCACUCGCCUUCACCGUCGCCGGAGCCCUCGAGCUAUCAGAAGCUAAAGUUCUCCCCGGCGAACAGUCCGGAACCGCCGCCGGCGGCUUCCUGCAAGUCCAAGUCGCCCGCUUUGGAAAUCACGAUCAAGUCGCCGCCAGUCACACCGGUGCUCUCGCCGAGGAUACCGUCACCCAGACUGCAGAGCCCGUCUUCUCCCGUCAAGGACUCGACGGUUCGGUUCCAGGCGUCAAAUCUGCCUCACAAACCACCGCUGCCAAGUCCUGGGGCGAGAGAGUCCUCGAGAAUAGAGUCUUCGGAACCAACCAAGCCAUCACGCCCGCAAACUGAGAAGGAGCCCGCGAGAACGAGCGUUGAACAUCCUCAGCAGCAACCGCGACUUCCGGAAUCAUCGUCCGCUCACGUGGAACGGAAAGACGACGCGACGGAAAAUGCCGUCGUCGUCGUUGGCGAGGAGGAGAUUGUGGACGGGCCGAGAAGCAUCUCCAAAAACGCUCUGGACAAUAUCAGCAGAGCCGGCACGACGAUGCAGUUCAACUUCGGCGACAAGCCCACGACCAACAAGAGUUAUCUACCAGGCGCGAAGCGAAACGGACAGACAUUCGCGGACGAACGGCCACCAGAUGACGACCGCCGCUGCCACGUGAACGCCGGCAGAACCGAGUCCAGAGGAAAGUCGGCCUCAUCGUCGAGUGCACCAUUGAAUGUUGUCGUAACGACCUCCGAGACUGCGUCGAGCAAGCUGCAAGAGAGGCUCGAGCUGGAGAAGGAGGAGAAGGUCGACGAUGACAAGAAGGAGAACGUCGAGGAGAAGCCGAUCGUGCCGGAAAGUAAACCCAUCGGCGCCAUUUGCAGUUUGGGCCUGAUCAAGUCAGCGACAACGACGACCACGACCACGACCACGUCGUCGUCGACAUAUCCGCAGAGUAACAACGAAGCGAGAACGAUAAGAUGCCAAAAGAGUGAGUUCUCGCCGCCGCAGAAGCAGAUCGGCAUCAUACGGCCGCUGGUCACCACGAAGACGCAACAUACGCAGCAGAAUCUGAGCAACCGCGAGCUCGAGAAGAAUCUGAUCAACCGGGUCAAGAGCAUCGAGCAGCCGACCAAGGUCGUGGUGAGCCUGAAGAGCGCUGACGAGAUACAGCCGGCGAAGAAGACGAGCGCGGCCGGCGGCGGUGGCGGCGGCGGUCUUUGGGACACGAAGCCGUGGAAUCAGCAGAAUAAUACGAUGGUGUUCAACUUCAGCAAUCGCAAGGAAGUGCCGGAUUACAUAGAGAACGACGGUCUCAUCAUCAGGAGAAAACGGGAGAAGCCAAAGGUCGGCGACGGCGGUAUCAUAGUGCUGGACGCGACUCUGGACGCAUCUACGACCGACGACAUCGACUGGGAGAUCUCCGGGGGUCCGCCAUCGCCCUGCGACGUGUCGUUCCUCAACGACAACGUUCUCAUCAACGGACGCAGCAAUCUCUCGAGGACGCCGCGAAAUCACAAGCAUCGGAUACAGUUCGACGACACGGCGACCCGCACCUUCGAAUAUCCCAGCGAGGCGUCGAUCCUCGAAGACGAGAGCAGCAGCGUGGACGGCGAAACCUCCAGCUCCGUCGAGCAGCAACAGUCCAUCGCCGGCAAUAACAAAACGUCCUCGACGACCGGCUCCACGACGAGCAUACCGUCCCUUCUCGGUGGAGGCGGACUAGCCAGCUACACACCUAGCAAAGUGGAUCUAACGUCGGAAGGUUUCGAGCUGGGCGUUACCAGGGCCGUGCCGAUAGUGGUCCCCACGUCAACGUCCACGGGGCAAACUGAGAACGCGAGCGAACUGGACUACCUGAGGCCCGCUCAAGAUGCAGGCGCGUGGGGCUCGGAGACAACCGGGGAUCUUCUUUACUGAGAAGACGCGAAGCUCGUCAUCAUUAGCAACGGCUCAACAACGUCCUACCGCGGCGGCAAUAGAACGAGAAAGUCGAGAAGAAGCCCGCGCGCUUUACUACAAGGCUAAUAAGGAGUAUUUUUUUCUAGCGGCGAUAGAGAAACUCCGACAAAGGAUUACGAACGCGAGAUACUAAUAUUAUACACCGCGAGGUUUAAUAAUAAAAAAGGGAAAAAAGAAAAAAAAACACAUGACGAAUGCUCACAACCGCAUAAAGCAAGUUUCUUUUUAUACGGAAAGCAAGUCAGACGUCACGCUCGUGAUCGGACAAUACGCCGGUGGACCCCGCAAAUAUUUCACUUGCUGCAUUUGAUUGAGCAGGGCUCUUUCUUUCUCUAAUCGUGGAGAGGAGAGGAUUAAAAGGUGUGAUCUCCGUUUACGAGCGCGUCGAUUCCGAAAACUAGGCGUUUAUUUAGAUGAUUAUUAAGUAAGAACUAACAGUAUCAUUCCAAGUAUAUGCAUUUACUUUGUCAUUACGAUAUAUCGGACGAACGGACUUUCCUAGACAAUGAAUCGUCGAAACUGCCAAGAUACGUUAGUGUUUCAUCUCUUUUUUUUUUUGCUUUUGUAAUAGCACUCGAGAGAGAGAGAGAGAGAGAGAGAGAGAGAGAGAGAGAGAGAGAGAGAGAGAGAGAGAGA